AUAUAAGGUGAGAGGUGGUCAUUUAAACACAACUCCAGCCAGAACAUCACUCCUCAGGCCAGCCACCGAACCAUCCUACUCCCUAAAUCAUGGAAUCUGCCAUUAACGUGCUCGUCUCCCAGUUCAAGACUUAUGCCGGGAAGGAUGGCUCUGCAAAAACAUUGAGUAAGGAAGAGUUUCAGAGUUUGGUCACAUCCCAGUUACCUAACUUCGUAAAGAACAAUAAAACCAACUCAAAAUGGUUCUUAUUAAGAAGAGGCAUGUCUGCUAAACCUAAGAAUUCCUCUGACCCAGCCACCAUUGACCAGCUCAUGAGCUCAUUGGAUGCGAAUAACGACGGAGAGCUGACCUUCCUGGAGUUCUGGCAGCUUAUUGGCAAUGUGGCGAACCAACAUGGCGGCUUUUAGCCAAUGAAGAAACAUUCCGUAAUGCCAUCCAAUCACUUUAAUUUUACCUUGUGACUUCCUGAUGUAAUUAUAACAUAGGCCGUGCUGUCGCACAGUUAAUGAUUCUCCCAGGUGACGGAAAAUAAAAGAAAGCUUUGUUUGAUUCUCAA